CAGAUCUUCACAGACAGAGAGAAGAGGAACAGCCAAGAGAGACUCCAUUGAUUGGUCUAAACUCAUGAGUGGGUGGGAUGAGAAACCACACCAGACAGCAAAACUGUUAAAACUCUUUUCUGUUUAACCUUUAUUUAGCCUACCAGGAGACAAACGCGAAUAGAGGAUAAACGGUAAAGAGGCGCGGUGGACCGGUACUUCUACAACCUGAAAAAAACUUGAAAUAGCACACCGCUAGAAAAUAAUCAGUAGACAUAGAUUUCACCUUUAAACCAUUAAAAAAUAGGCUACGUAAAACUUUUAUUUAAAAAAAGAGAUUUCAGCGCCAUGACAUUUUUUGUGAUUCCUCGAGUGCCUCUUCUCUGUCUCCUCAUUUUUCUGAACGUCUCAUCAGCUUCAAAGGUGAACAGCUCAAACAACAGUUUCAAGUCGCGAAGCAUGCCUUUGAUUAACGGUACACUUCAAGAUGAGCAUAAGGAGCAGAUCCAGAGCUACAGCUUUACACUAGUGGUUCCUCUUGUCUGCCUCUUCGCCUUUUUCAUCGGCCUUCCGUCAAACUUGUUGGCUUUCUGGGUGCUGCUCUUCCGAACCAAGAAACACCCAUCCACCAUUUUGCUGAUCAACCUCACCAUCUGUGAUCUUCUGCUACUGCUGGUGCUCCCCUUCCGUAUCAUCUACCACUUCCUGGGCAAUAACUGGACAUUUGGAGAACCAUUCUGUCGUGUUGUGAUUGGGCUCCUCUAUGGAAACAUGUAUGGCUCAGUGGUUUGUCUGGCACUGAUCGCUGUGGAUCGCUACAUAGCUCUCGUUCACCCUUUUGGUGCCAAGAUGUUUCGAAGUAACAAGAAUUCUGUCUGUAUGAGUGUUUUAGUUUGGAUAGUGGUUUUAGCUGCUGUUGUGCCCUUAUUAGCCUCACAACAGUCCUAUAAAAUAAUCGACCUUCCUCUAACAACCUGCCAUGAUGCACUACCUAAAGAACAGCAAGAAAAGUACUUCCUGCCAUACUUUGCAGUUCUCUUCUCCAUAUGCUUCCUGCUUCCACUGCUGGUUGUGCUGUUCUGCUAUUCUGCAGUGUUACACACACUUAUGGCUGAAGGGCAGCGUUUUGCACAUGCGAUUAGAGUGACUGUGCUGAUGUUAAUGGUUUUUGUGGUUUGCUUAUUGCCUUGUAACAUUCUCAUGCUUUUGCAUUACUCCAAUUCAGCUUUUGACCUUUAUGUUCCAUACCAGAUCGCUUUGUCUUUCAGCACCUUUAACAGCUGCUUCGAUCCUUUCAUCUUUUAUUAUGUGUCUAAGGAUUUCAGAAAGAAGUUAUGGGAGGCUCUCAGAUGUUCUGGGUCUGAUUCAGAGUCCUCCUCAGAAUCGAGGACAAAGAUAACCUUACUAUCAAAGAUGAGCAGGACUGAAGGAGCAGCCUGAUCAUGAGUUUAGCAUGACAGGUAUGCAAACCAGAAGACAUUAGGUUAUGUAAGUCAAAAAUUCUAGGGCGUAUUGAAUUAUUACUAUAGAUAACUGUCUAUCGGUCCACACACCUAUCAGUCUGCCUAUCUGUGUUAGUAACUUAAAAUUAUUUUCAUUUGCACGGGAAAAACUGGCAUGAGGAGAUAUUAAAUCAUUUCCUCCUUAUUUCCUUUAGUCAUUAGUGAUACAGGAGACAGGAAAUAGAUACAUUUAAAAACAUUUAAAAAGGAAAGGCAACAUGCAACAGUUGCAAACUUAAUGCUUUAAGGCUUUCUUUCAUGAAGCACACUGCAUGUUGGCAUCUGAAAUAGGAAUGCAUUGAUUGCUGUUUGUAAAGAUACACAAUAUGGCUCAACAUUUUCACACUGCCACAAACAGUUCAGUGCCACAGUCAUGCAAUUCUGUGUUUGUAUAUUAUAUUAUAUGAGAUUAUAGUAAACAGUAAUGAAGGAUGUCUGUUAAUUUAGAAAAAAUGUGGAAUAUAUAACUGCAUUUAAAUUUAACUGUGAACUAAAAACCAAAUAUGCAUUUAAUGGGUUCAAACUGUGAAAGGUAAAAUGUAAUGUACAUUUCAGCCAUGUAAUAUACAGUGGGAAAAUGCAGUUGUGGUGUAUAUUAACCAUUAAUUAGCAAAUGGAGGACUAAAAUGCCUUUUAUGAGCCCGUUCUUGCAACAGAAGCAUCUAUAUCUAUAAAUAAAGAUAUUUGUGUAUCUUUGUGUACUUACUGUACUUAACUACAUCAUAUCUGCAACCACAUCUUAACUUUUAUGUCAAGAAGUGAUGGUUGCAUUUUUUGUGUUGUUAAUUCCAAACAUUAAUUAUGUACAUGACCACCAAAACUUUAUUUGAAAGUAUUUAAACAGUAUGUUGUUUUAUAAUAUAAAACCUGACAAAGUAUUAACCAUUAAUUAGCAAAUGGAGGACUAAAAUGCCAUUUAUGAGUGUGUUCUUGCAAAUAUAGAAGAAUGUAUAUGUUUGUGUAGUUCCUGUAACCACAUCAAAUCUGCAGCCAUAUCUUAACUCUUAUGUCAAGAAGUGAUUUUAUUUUUUGUGUUGUUAAUUCCUAACAUUAAUUAUGUAGCCUACUUGAGUCAUGACCACCAAAAAAUUAUUUGAAUGUAUUUAAACAGUAUGUUGUUCUACAAUAAUAAUAAUAAAAAAAACUGACUUAAAAAGUA